AUUGCAAUAUUCCCUGCUUCCAUGGAUAUGAUUCAUGGAGUACUAUGCAUGUUAAAGAAGAAAUUGAAGAACGUCUUAUAUCGCUAAUCGAAUUGUUAACUGGUGGCAUUAGCAAGACGAAAAAAUAUACAUUGUUAAAAAAGUUUGAGGAGAAUGAUUGUGAAAGAAUCACUUGGCUUAUGGAGCUCUUCACACGAUAUUCCAAAAAUGUUGGCGCAGUGGCGAAUCAUCCCAAAAGCAAACAGCUGAUCUCGUCUGAGCUCUACAAGGAAAAAUUGCAAAAUGGAUUCUCCACGCUUCAGUCGAUUGCUGUUAUUCUUGGUUAUCUUUGGUUGCCCGAGAUGAAGGCUAAGAUUGAAAGUGAAUUGUCUCGUCACCAGAUAGAGAAGAAACAUGUGCUGGAUGUUCUCUCAGCAUAUCGUGACAACACUGGCAACGCGGGUGGAUCAGAAAGUACGAAGACGGUGAUCGAGGAAUACAUCGCUCGCCUUGAGGAAAAUUGUCACCAGAGUAUGGAGCUGGGUGCACAGGAAAAUUCUGGCCAGAGGAUGGAGCUGGAUGUACCGAGAAAGCCUGACCUGGGGAAAAUACAAGCAAUACGCAGAUGCACAUAUGCACAGGAAAAUUCUGGCCAGAGUAUGGAGCUGGAUGUACCGGAAAAGCCUGACCAGGGGGAACUGGAGGAUGUACAUAGCAAGCGGCGACGGACUGGCAUCGAUAUACUCGAUAGUUAAAGUUUAUUUGAGGUUAAAUCCUUUGUUUGGUGUUAGGUACCGAAUACACUCGACGUCGCUGUUUUUUCUUUUAUCACAUGUAUGAAAAUAUUGGUGAUUGGAUAACCCUGAAGAAAGUGACCAACGCAGCAACAUUUUUGGUUUUUAUUCUGUUUACAUGCACA